UCGUGCAUUUUACAGGAGCCCUUAAUUUUACAAUGUUUAUUUGACAAAAGCGUUAAUAUAAUUAAUGGUGAGAUUUUCAAGAGCAGCUGCUUUAAAUAAAACUCUCCCUCAUUGGUUAAAUCUGGCUAUGACAGGGGAAAAGGGUAAUUUGAAACUGAGUAUCAACAAACAGUCCUUGGGUAUUGUUGAUGCUAUCAGCAAAGCCUAUAUAUUUCGCGAUCUCAAGUUUCAAGUCAGUUUUCACAAAGCAUUCAACUACAUUUAUGCCACAGAAAUGCUUAGUUUGCUCAUUUCCGGUUUACUAGUCGUUCUGAAUUCCAUUUCAGCGUGUUCAGAUGGCACAUGCCGCAGAAUUGAAUUCCCCAGUUACCUUUCCUACGUUGGAAAGCGCUUGAUCAAUCACGUAAUAAGAACCAUACCAAAUAUGGACCAGGACUCGUGUGAGUGGCAGUGUUACUUGGAUCACAACUGCGUCAGCAUAAACUUACAGUUUCAAGGUAUAAAACAGGUCUGCGAGUUAAAUAAUUCAACUCAUAAUGAGCACCACCAGGACUUCGUCGAGGAAGACGGCUACUUUUAUCGUGGAACAGAGAAUACUUGCCGUGCGUCACCCUGCCAAAACAACGCAACUUGUCAAUCUGGUUUUACAAACACAAGAUACCGCUGCUUAUGUACUUCUGGAUUUACAGGCCAUGACUGUGGAGUUGAUAUUGAUGAGUGUUCUCACAUCAACGGCUGCAGUAAGCAUGCCCAGUGUAAAAAUACCGCUGGUUCUUACAACUGUUCAUGUAAGGGAGGAUAUCUUGGAGACGGGUACACUUGCAAGAAACCUGAAUUCUACAUCAAUUCAUCGAUACUGUCACACAAUGAAGAAUACCUCAGCCAUCUCUCCUGGUUUCUUGUUUCAGCUGUUGGAAAUGUUUCCCAUUGGUUGCUAUGUUUUCGUCCUUCCCUUCACGGAGCUGUAGAUCAAUAUUUUCACAAUCGGUGUAAUGGAAGAAAUGACACCAUCACUAUCAUAAAAGAAAACAAUUAUGUAUUUGGCGGAUAUGUUGAUAUUCCUUGGGAGUCCAGUUCUAAAUAUAAAUAUGGCAAGACAGCCAAUGCAUUUAUCUAUUCUUUAAACAAUAGCGAAGGAAGUGGAGCGUUCAAGAGCAUGGUGAAAAACCCAGAGAUGGCUACCUAUUAUCAUAAAUACCUCGGGCCUACAUUUGGAACUAAUGACAUCCGAGUAGAUUUUAAAAACGUCUAUGAACAAUCAGUUGCAAAUUUCGGCAAUAACUAUAAUCUUCCAAGUAAUGUCAUUAUCAACAACCCAAGAACCAUCCUGGCAGGUGUUACACAUUUUGAACCAGACGAGGUCGAGGUGUUUUAUAUGAAGAGAACUGGGCCGUAAACAACGGAGGCGAUGAGAAGAAACUGAAUUAUGAGCUAAACACCGAUAUCUUAUCUCUUUUUGGCACUGCCACCGCCUGGGGAGUUCAGAAGGUAGGGCGCCGGAGGUCGAGGAUUCCAGCCCCAGAACGGAACAGCACUCAGGGUAUUUUUAAAAUAUUCAAAGUGAAUGUUCUAUCUUCGCUAUGACAUCUGCAAACGUUUCGACCUUCUUGCCUUUUGGAUAAAGACGAUAAACAGAAGACCCCGUCUGUGCUGGCUAGCAGGGUAGAACCCAGGCACUUCUCGGAAAGAGUAGGGAACGUAACUCCUAGCAUUGUUGUCUGACCUUGUUUCCUUAAUUUCCUAAGUUAGGAGCUCUUGCUAAAUUUCCAUUCGAAAAUUGUAAACUAUUUAAUUAAUGGCUUUAUAGUCUGGCCAAAGUUCCUCACAGAGUAUUGUAAGCACAGUGGAAAAUGUUAGCAUGGAGAAUGCGCUGUAUAAAUGCGUUAUUAUCAUUAUCAAGUUUUCACAUGGUUCAGUUCGGCAUUAGCUCUCUCGUAACAGUAGAGUGGAAUGGGUUCACAUACUCUUUGUAAAAUUUAAAAUAAGUGUACAUUUGAAAUCAGUAAAGCUAUUACACAGUGAACAUUGGUUCAACCUAUAUAUGUACGUUCCCACAGCUAAGAAAUUGCACCGGUAUGUGAAACAUCUCGAUAUCUCUUACGAAAUGAGCGAAUCAACCAAGUUACUGCAUAGUAAAACAUUCCAUUUUACCGCAUCAGGAGAGAAACAUAGCGAUAUCUCUUACGAAAUGAGCGAACCAACCAAGUUACUGCAUAGUAUAACAUUCCAUUUUGUCACACUAGGAGUGAAACA